CCUGCGCGGUGCCCAGGGGACGGGUCGGACUCAGAAAUGGCGGCUUCCAUGUUCUACGGCCGACAGUUGGCUGCGGCCGCCCUGAGGAGCCGCCGGCCGCAGGCUACGCUGCGAGCCGCCGCCCAGGUUCUGGGAAAUUCUGGAUUGUUUAACAAGCAUGGACUCCAAAUUCAGCAGCAGCAGCAAAGGAAUCUUUCACUGCAUGAAUACUUGAGUAUGGAAUUACUACAGGAAGCAGGUGUCUCUGUUCCUAAAGGCUUCGUGGCAAAAUCAUCAGAUGAAGCUUACGCAAUUGCCAAAAAAUUAGGGUCAAAGGAUGUUGUGAUAAAGGCACAGGUUUUAGCUGGCGGCAGAGGAAAAGGGACGUUUACAAGUGGCCUCAAAGGAGGAGUAAAGAUCGUUUUCUCUCCAGAAGAAGCAAAAGCUGUUUCCUCACAGAUGAUUGGGCAGAAAUUGAUUACCAAGCAAACUGGAGCAAAGGGCAGAAUAUGCAAUCAAGUUUUGGUCUGUGAGCGAAAGUAUCCCAGGAGAGAAUACUACUUUGCAAUAACAAUGGAGAGGUCAUUUCAAGGUCCUGUGUUGAUAGGAAGUGCACAAGGUGGUGUUAACAUUGAAGAUGUUGCUGCUGAGAAUCCUGAAGCCAUUGUAAAGGAACCUAUUGAUAUAGUUGAAGGCAUCAAAAAGGAACAAGCUGUGACACUUGCAAAGAAGAUGGGAUUUCCUUCUAACAUUGUGGACUCUGCAGCAGAAAACAUGAUCAAGCUGUAUAAACUUUUUCUGAAGUAUGACGCAACUAUGGUAGAAAUAAACCCAAUGGUAGAAGAUUCUGACGGAAAGGUGUUGUGCAUGGAUGCAAAGAUCAAUUUUGAUUCAAAUUCAGCCUAUCGCCAGAAGAAGAUCUUUGACCUUCAGGACUGGAGCCAGGAAGACGAAAGGGACAAAGAUGCAGCUAAUGCAGAUAUUAACUAUAUUGGCCUCGAUGGGAACAUAGGAUGUCUAGUCAAUGGUGCUGGCUUGGCUAUGGCCACAAUGGAUAUAAUAAAGCUCCACGGAGGGACUCCAGCCAACUUCCUUGAUGUUGGUGGAGGUGCCACAGUCCAGCAAGUAACAGAAGCAUUUAGACUCAUCACCUCAGAUAAAAAGGUGCAGGCUAUUCUCGUCAACAUUUUUGGAGGAAUCAUGAGAUGUGACGUUAUUGCACAAGGAAUCGUCAUGGCAGUAAAAGGUUUAGAGAUCAAAAUACCUGUUGUGGUGCGGUUACAAGGUACACGAGUUGAUGAUGCUAAGGCAUUGAUAGCAGACAGUGGUCUUAAAAUCCUUGCUUGUGAUGAUUUGGAUGAAGCUGCUAAAAUGGUUGUAAAGCUCUCUGAAAUAGUGACCUUAGCCAAAGAAGCCCACGUGGAUGUGAAGUUCCAGUUGCCAAUAUGAUCAAGACCUUGGUGAUGGCUACGGCCAUCUUUUUUGCUUCCUCUACAGAAUGUCACUUGCAGUAUGCCUGUUUUCUGGUGUUGGAUACAAAGUUCUUCAUUGAUAAGAGUCCUAUAAAUAAAAUUACUACAAAGAUAAAGCUUUAUUCCUUAGUAUGAAAAUAUAUCUAAUAGCAGCCUCAUUAGGACAAUGGUAUGUUACAAAAUGUUUUAUAUAAGAAAUAUUUAUCUUCAGCAUCAAAUGGCUCUUAAAUGUAUCACUCAAUAUUUAUACACAGAACUUGGAAGCACUCCUCAGAAUAUCUUUUAAGUAUUUUAGAGAAGUAACUUGCUGAUUAUUUGAACAUCAUUUUAAUCAUUACAGGACAAUGAUAACUGCAAGUCUUCAUGAUUCUGUGGUGGUAAAAACACAUGCAGACUGAUAAAAAAGACACUUAUGAAGAACUUGGACAAAAUUAGAAUGCCAGUUUAAGUUAAUAAAAGUUUCCCAAUGUAA